AUGCCUUUCACUGCUUCCGACAUCUGCAAGAUCCUUUUUGCGAUCAUUCUCCCUCCCCUCGGCGUCUUCCUGGAGCGAGGAUGUGGAGCUGAUCUGCUCAUCAACAUCUGUUUGACCAUCCUGGGUUGGAUUCCCGGCAUCAUCCACGCUCUGUACAUUAUUUUCAAGUACUAG